AAAAAGCAACCCUGCUAAGCAGUAAGAUUGUGGCAAAAACGGCAAAUACCUUAUAAAUAAAACGAAAUCACUUAAAACAAUAAUAUUUAAAUAUAUAGCCCUACAACAGUGUGGUUCAUUGCCUCGCAUACAAAAUGGCGAGCAGCUCACGGACCACAAUCCUGCCGCAGUCGAAGGAAGCGCUACUAAAAUCUUACAAUGCGCGCCUUAAAGACGAUGUGCGAAGCAUGUUGGAAAACUUUGAAGAAAUACUGAAGCUAGCACGACGCGAGAGCCACAUUCAAAUUUCAAAGACAACACAGUGCGAGCAGGAUGCACUAGAGAUGCAAGUGCGAGCUGCCAAUAUGGUGCGAGCUGGUGAAUCGCUGAUGAAGCUAGUUGCCGAUCUCAAACAGUAUCUCAUACUCAACGACUUUCAUUCGGUGAAUGAGGCAAUUACAAACAACUCACAGCUGUUUCGGACCACACAAAUUGAGUGUGAUAAAAAGCUGAUGAAGCUGCGCGAUGAAAUGGCCAUGGACCUAUACGAUCUGGAGGAAGAGUACUACACUAGCAUAUUUAAAUAGAUUCUAACUAGCAUACCUUGUGUACGUGUAUACCUUGUGUGUGUAUAUAUAUAAGUAGAGAUUAUGAUGAUGGA